AUGGACGGUGAUUGGGAUGAGGUCGCCCGGAUCCAGUUUCCGCCUCCGGGCGUGCACGCGCUUCCCACUCCUGUUACGACUAUGACAUUUGAUACGUCGCAAGAGCUCCUCUGGACUGGCAACGACUAUGGCCGGGUUACUUCUUUCUAUGGCACUGAGCUUCAGCGAUACACCUCCUUCAAAGCACACGCGUCCGCCGAUGGCCCUGUUCGCCAAAUACUGGUUAACGAGAAAGGUGUUGUGGCUCUGGGAGCCAAGGAUGUUCACAUGGCGAUGAGGAGGGGGGUGCCAAUGUGGCAUAUCAAACAUGAUGAUAUGGAUGAUUUACGAUGUAUGAGUUUUACGUCAAAGGGGACUGCAGAAAUCAUUGUCGCUGGCUUACAAGAUACAAUGCUUGUUAUUGACCUCAUUAAGGGUGAUGUCGUCAAACAAGUUCCAACUGAACACCAAUAUGCUAUCAUGAGGCGCGGCCGCUACAUUUGCGCCGCAACAAACAAUGGCUCCGUCAACCUUCUCGAUCCCGUCACAUUCGCAGUUGUCAAGACUUGGAAUGCCCACUCGGCCUUGAUUAACGACAUGGACGCCCAGCAUGACUUUGUCGUCACCUGCGGAUAUUCUCUACGCCAAGGACAGAAUCUGAUGCUCGACCCCUUCCUCAACGUCUUUGACAUCAAAAAGAUGACCUCGAUGCCUCCUAUUCCCUUCCCUGCCGGCGCUGCAUAUGUGCGCAUGCAUCCUAGGAUGCUGACAACAAGCAUAGUCGUCUCCCAGGGCGGACAGAUCCAUGUGGUGGACCUGAUGAAUCCUAACACGAGCAACGUUCGCCAGGCCAACGUGCUCUCGUAUCUUAGCAUGUUCGAGAUCGCACCCUCUGGCGAGUCGAUGGCAUUGACCGAUGUGGAGUGCUAUGUUCACCUUUGGGGGUCGCCCACCAAGCUUCACUUUGUUGAUUUACCUACUCCUAUCGAUUUCGCAACCCCUGAGGAGCCUGUGCCCAGUAUCGAAUGGACAUCGGAGACGCCCUUUAACACCAUUGGGUUACCAUAUUAUCGAGACACCCUUGCAUCUGCUUGGCCAGACAUACCUUGCGAUGUGGGUGCUCCUCCCGUCAAGUUCGAUGCGCAAUUCCUCUCCGGACUCAAGGCCACUGAAUUUGGAUUGUACGGCCGCAACACUCGAGGACUUCGAAGAAACCAGGCCGAGGAUACUCGUAAUGUCAACAAGGCCGGUAGCUCCGGACUCAAAGCUCCCAAGUUCCUCAGCGAGAAGGCCCGCGAGCUCGCUACAUCGCAGGCUGCGACCUCGGACGACAAAGCGGACGAACUUGCUGGUCCCUUUACCGAACUGGAGAUUGAGAGCAAGAAGUCGGAGGUGCCGGUCAUGUAUCGCAAUGUUGAGAUCAAAUACAGCAAGUUUGGUGUCGAUGACUUUGAUUUUGGAUUCUAUAAUAAAACCCGACAUUCUGGACUCGAGAUUCACAUUUCAAACUCGUACGCCAAUUCCCUCCUUCAGAUUAUGCACUUUACUCCCAUCAUCCGAAAUCUCGCCCUCCAACACGCUGCCACCGCAUGCGUUAGCGAGAUUUGUCUUUUGUGCGAACUCGGCUUCCUUUUUGAUAUGCUUCAAAAAGCCGAGGGAUCUAUCUGCCAAGCAACAAACUUGCUCAAGACGCUCAGCAGUCACCCACAAGCCGGACCGCUUGGACUUCUUGAGGAGGAUCCUCAUGGCUCAUCUUUGAACGUCAUGUUGCAGGGCCUGACCCGGUUCCUCUUGGAUAAGAUUGUUCACGACCACAAGUCUAUCAACCCAGCAUCUUCUGCCAUGGAUCAAGUGCUAGCGACAUCGGCAACCAGUUCGAUCAAGUGUAUGAACUGCCGAAGCGAGUACACGCGUCCUGGGUCAACCUAUGUCAAUGAUCUACUCUAUCCAUCAAACAAACCUGGAAGUCGGGGCGCAAAGAUGCCGCGAACCACUUUUUCCCAGGUCCUCAAGAAUAGCGUCGAGAGGGAGACAACCUCCAAAGGAUGGUGCAGUCGGUGUCAACGAUACCAGACGAUAGCGACUAGAAAGAGCAUCCACAGUAUCCCAGCCGUGCUCAUGCUCAACACGGCCAUCACCAAUUCUGACCAUCGGAUCCUUUGGUCGACUCCCGGUUGGCUUCCUGAGGAGAUUGGAAUCAUCGUUGAACACGGCCAAUUCUUUUGCUAUGAAGGGGAGGACUUGAAGCUCCAUCUGCAACGAGGCAUGCACAAUAUCAUGGUGUAUUCGCUGAUUGGCAUGGCCAUCAACAUCGAGAGCGGUCAGACGCAAAAGUCUCACUUGGUCUCGAUGGUCAAUGUUGCGCACGCUGAAACCGAGGCACCUGGCGAGAGUCAAUGGCAUCUCUUCAACGACUUUUUGGUGAGAUCUGUCAGCACGGAAGAAGCCCUCACGUUCAAUACGUCCUGGAAGGUCCCCUCUGUGAUUGCAUACCAAGUGAAGGAGGCCAACAAUAAGAUCGACAUGUCGUGGAAGAAGAACAUUGACACAUCGAUACUAUAUCAAGAUUUCAGCCCUACUACGGAUCCGCAGUCAAAGACGUAUCAGGUCCUCAAUCCCGAAACUGAAGCACCUGGACCCGAAACCAUUAUUGCCCUCGACACCGAGUUUGUUGCCGUGCGACAGCCAGAGAUCGAAAUGAACUCGGAUGGUGAGAGAGAGACCAUCCGACCCAUUGUGUAUGCUCUCGCUCGAGCGUCAGUUGUGCGCGGGCAGGGCGAAGAUGAGGGCACACCAUUCAUCGACGACUAUAUCUCCAUCAGGGAACCAAUCGUCGACUAUCUCACGUCAUAUUCUGGAAUUACCGAACAGGAUCUAGAUCCUCGAGUUUCAAAGCACAGCCUCUUACCCCUGAAGAUGGCAUACAAGAAGAUGUGGAUUCUUCUCAAUCUUGGAUGCAAAUUUCUAGGUCACGGUCUGAAGCAGGAUUUCCGAGUUAUCAACAUUCAUAUCCCCAAAUCACAGAUUAUCGACACUAUCGACCUGUUUUUCCUCAAGUCCCGCCUGAGAAAGUUGUCAUUGGCGUUCCUAGCGUGGUACCUUUUGAAGGAAGACAUCCAGAUGGAGACGCACGACUCGAUCGAGGAUUCCCGGACGGCCCUCAAGCUGUAUAAGAAAUAUCUCGAGUUCCAGGAUGCCGGGAUUCUCGAGACUAUGCUGCAAGACAUUUACCGUGCGGGUCGAGAUGUGAACUUCAAGCCGCCUCGCAAGGAUGAUUCGCACGUGCCGAGGUCAGAUACACCGCCGCCUCUGCCUGCCGACACUACAGAGCCGGUGACGCCAGUGAGGAACAUUGGGAUCCCGGUCCAGACACCCGGGUCAGCGUUUGGGGGCGGCUCGAGCUGGACCCCUGGGAAGGGAUCACCACUACCGUAG